AUGCCACGAGUGCCGUCGUCGGAAACAAAAAGUGAUGUUCUCAAGGUCAACCGUGUACAAACUGCUACCGUCGCUUUCCCCAACCUGACUGCAAAUAUACCUGUGGCUCCACGUCUUCCUUUGCCCUCAGUCCUGGAUGUACGAGAAGGACCAUAUUCGCAUCUGAACCCUGCCACCAUCCAUGACACCCUCUCCUGUCUAGAUGAUGAGCCUUCGGGUUCGUCCUCUGAAGCGGACUCUUCCGUUAUAACUUCCUGUUCAAGGCCACGAACCAAUAUCUGGAAACCCUUCAAUGUUGCAUCCACCGAAAAUGCUAUUAAAACCAUUACAACACAUGGUAUCAAGGCAGCCAAACGCUCCUUUUCAGAGGAGCCGGUCGUCAAUCAAGACAUUACAUCUGAUGAAAGCUAUCGUCUCGUUGCUUCACCAAUCGGGAAUUCAACGGCCCAUUUGCAGUACCUGCCCAUGAGGCUCACAAAACUAAACAAGGAAUUAGUCCGCAUUCACUUACAACUGCUGUCACGCUUCAAGUGCGCAGUAGAUGGGGAUCCUGACCCGAGAAAUGAUUUUAUGAACACCUGGGUUCCCGCUACUGUGCAGGAUCCCCUUCUUCUCCAAAUUGUUCUAUUUACUUCGUCAUGUUUCCUGUCCGAGACUGGGCAUAUCUCAAAGUCCUUGCAAAAUGGACAUAAGUGGCGGGUGAUCUCAAUGCUCAACUCUCAGCUCAAGGACGAAAACGCCAAAAUGACCGACCCUUUGAUCUUGGGUGUUGUGCAGAUGAUCGCUGACUCUUGGUACUGGGGUGAUACACAUGACCUCAAGUGUCAUCUUGGAGGCAUAAGGGCGAUGAUCACCAAGAGAGGCAGCCUAAACAAGCUCGGUAUGCGCGGCCAUCUGGCCAAAAUGAUUCUCAUUAACGAUAUCGGCAUGGCGCUAGCACAUGAGAUCAAACCCUCUAUAUAUGGACGCCCUGGCUUUACAUUCCAUGAUUCUCGAGCAAUGCCUUUCAAGACCACAUUCAACACACCACUGAUAUGUAACUGGCAAUCUUUCAGGGAGUGUUCGAAUUCUUUGCAGUUACAUCCUAGCACCGCUCAGAUUCUUGACGAUAUGAGAAGAGUACUUGCGGAUGUUCUGGCGCUGCCAAAAACUCCAACUGUGGAAGAAGUUAAGAAAGUUAGGAACACCGCCAACUGUGUCUAUACGAAUAUAUCGGAUCUUCCAGACGAUAAACCGCCCCUGCGAACCCCAUUGUCGAACUCAUCUCGGUCAAGCUCAGCUGAGAGUCCAGAAUCUACUACAACUGAGACCCAGGAUCUUCCAGAUAUCGUGUAUGAUGUUAUCCGGAAAGUUGCUCUGAUGUAUUGUCGAGCAAUCCUUACCCGUUCCCCAAUUAGUUCUACUUGCUCCGAACAAGAAAUUACGAAAAUAUGGCAUGAUAUCUGGCGUUCCGGCCUGCCCACUUGGAAAUCAGUACUUGGUAUCUUUGUGUGGAUUAUGAUCGCACUUGUUUCCAACUGUCACAAGAUUGGGCCAGGUCGUCUUAUCAAAACCUUAACAAUAUCCACCAUGAUGUCCAUCGGGAUGGAAGAUUGGCAGACUUUCACCCUAAUAGUAAAAACAUCCUUCAGGCUACAAAGGUAUCUGGCUGGAGGAGACCAUGGCAGAACAAGCGAUCUCAUUGGAGGGGAGAAAGUGGUAGACAAGUAUGGGUUUGCGAUGAAAGACGUUCUACCAACCAUUGAUUUGCCAAUCGACGGCAAAUUAUGA